AUGAAGGAUGCCGCAUAUUGUCCAGUUGACGAUGGCAGUGACUGCCGCGGGAGCAGCAGUCUUGACAAAGACGAAGCCAGACGAGUGCUUCUUAGCAAGCCGUUUGAGGACCAUAGGGUCCAUUCCAGUCCACCUAUGAGCCGAAAGCACUUGCUAUUCGGAUUGUUCUGUGUCGUCCUGCUGAUGUUGAACACUGUAAUGCUUGUUUUCAACCUCUGGAUAACCACGCCCCAUUCCCGCAAAGAAGGCUUCAUUCAGAAGCCUACAGAUUACUGGUUGCCAGGCUUUGAAAGUGGAAUCGUUUACGAGAAACGACAAUUCUAUAGCGCCCAUUCAGAAUACGCGGGUGUGGGACCGGAGGUAGAUGCCAAAUGGCAUGACUUGACAAGAGGUGCAAUGGGCAUCAGUCGCCAGCAGCUCACAGCAUUGAACAAUCAUCCCGAUGUUGCAGUACGAAUCGAAAGCGCUGACCCUGACCAAGAGUAUAUGGCAGCCUUUGACGUUCUUCACCAACUACACUGUGUUGAUCUCCUGCGAAAAGACCACUGCGUUGAUAUACUUCGUCAGACCCUAAUGUGCAACGAUGACCUCUCCCUGGUGACAUAUAACUGGGUGCAAGGCUUGGACAUCCCGUACCCGAACUUCAAUACAUACCAUACCUGCAAGAAUUGGGACACGUUCUUUGCGUUGAAUCAGAAGCUCGAUGUUAGUGCCAGGUGGGAAGGUGGUAAGGUUGUUGAGGAAUACCCGAUACCCAGAAAGCCGGAACAUGUCGAUGGCAUGUGGCCACCUCCUUGA